AACUAGCGCUCAUUCAUUCCGAAAGGAAACUGCGACGUGACCUCGAUGAAAGGAGCUUGCAUUUUUACAUCGCUUUUGCAAAUGAGUGAAUUAGGUGUGUUGCAGCAUUGACACCUUCCUAAACUGCCAGACAACUACAAUGGUCAGAAGCAAAGGGAGAAUUCCUGGAAGAUCCUAUAGUGCUGCACGCGAAGAUGACGGAAUCUCUUGUGCUUGAAACCAUGGCGACGAAUAGAAUAAUGGAUCCUGAUGGUGAUCAUCACCGAUUGGUGAGGAAGAGCUUCAGCGCCCCCUCGGCCCCUGUACUCACGGAGGAGAAACAGGACUCUCAAAAUGAUCCGUCUGUGGACGAAGCGAAGGAGGUCGAAGAAGACCCAAGUUCUGCAUCUGACUUCAUCAUGAAAAUCAUCAAUCCGAUCGGCGCUGCAGUGAACAUAUUCAUCAUUUGGCGCUUCCCGAACAUGGUUCAGAGACACCAUGGCGGAAUGUUUUUCAUUGCAUACCUGAUCAUGAUAUGUGCUAUCGGGGCUCCCGUGAUGCACUUGGAGAGAUACGUCGGUGUUUAUACCAAACUUGGUCCAGCUUCUGUCUGGGGCUUCGCCAAAAUAUGCAAAGUGGGGUUUUCAGCGGCGGUAAUGGCCUUGAACACAGCUACAAUAGCAUCAUGGUUCCUCGUCUAUGCGUGGCGCUCCUGCCGUGAGACUCUGCCUUGGUCUGGAGGACUCAACGAAUCCGAACUUCCCAUUUACCCUCUCGGCCAUAAAUACAACCUCCCUGAGUAUUUCUUUUGGAACGAGAUUGGAGAUUCUUUGAUGGGGAUCGGGGAGAGAGUGACAGUUCCGGAUUUCCGUCUCGUCCUGGCUUCUCUCGUCGUUUUCUCCCUGGCCACCAUCAGCAUCAUUCGCAGCUUCCGACAUCUUCCCAGGCAGACGCACGUCUUCGCCGGGUUGGUUCCGCCGCUGGCACUCAUCGUUCUCCUCUCUCUCAGCAUCAACAAAGAGGGUGGGAGGAAAGGCCUUCGCUUUUUCUUCAGUUUCGACUUCUCGGAACUCGCCGAUUCUGACGUGAGCAUCUUC